CCAUGGCCUCCGGCGAACUUCCGGUGCAAAUCGAAGAACAAGACGACGAACUCUUCGAGAUCGAUCUGGAGGCCGUUAACAGCAUUGUUCCUCCGCCGCAUUGCUCCGAUUCUGCUUACACUUUCUUCACCGCCGGCGCCGCCCUUCUCGCCAACUGUUUACUUCCGAUCGCCGACGUCUCCAACGCCGUUCCGAUGGCCGAUUCGGAGCCGACGCGUCUCGAGAAGCUUCUUCUCUUGCCGCCGGGCUUCGGUAUUCUGGCAUUGAUUGAUCGAUCGGAAAUGAAAAUAAACAGGGGAUGAAUUUCGAUUUGUUAGGGUUUUUAUUUUUCUCUCUGAUUUCGUGGUGUAGGGAUUUUCCCGGAAAAUUCCCCCUCGAUUUUCUUUCUUCGAGGGCAAAAGUAGUGAAGAUUUUUCUGUUGAGAGGGAAAGAAUUUGACGAUUAUAGGGAUUAUAGGGAAAUUUAUCUAGGUAACUUUAAAAAUUUUAAUUUUGGUUGCAUCUUUUUUACUACGGCUUGAGAUG